AUGUUUUACUAUGGCUAUGAGAACUACAUGAAGCACGCGUUCCCCAUGGAUGAGCUGGAUCCGAUUCACUGUGUGGGAAGGGGACAUGAUUAUGACAAUCCGUGAGUUGUCUUAUUUUGGGAUUUUUUGGUUUUUAGAUAGUAAUUUAAGCCCUCUAUCAUAGCCGGGGAACAAAAAGUUUGUUGAUGGUUCAAGAAAUUUGUCUUGAAAGCUCAAAUUUUCAUAAUUUUUUGACAAAAUCUCGGAGAUUUUUCGAAAAAAUAGUUUAUUAUGGACAGCCGCCCGUUUAAAUCAACUCUGAGUUUAGUCUGCUGUAAACUACAGAGCCCGCUGCUUUUUAUACCACCAAAAUUUUUUUGAGGUCACAAAAAUGAAGGUUGCUACAUCAAGUUGAAAAAAUGGGCAAUUUUUAUUGGAAGCUCCGUAAAUUUUGGUUUAUUUCUAAGCCCUGAGGCAAUUUAAUCGAAAUAAAAAAAUUAGUCGUUAUUGAGGAUACAUUAGGCUUCAAUUUGAGAUAAAUUUCACUUCCUUGCCUCAGGGGAUUUUUGAGAAAUUGAAAGUUAAAGAUGAAAUGGCGGGUGACCCGGAACGCUUGUAUAAAAAUUCAUUUAUCUUCAAGACCUAAGGCAAUAUAAACAAAAUCAACAAAUUGCAUAUCAUUCAGCAUACAUCAAGCUUCAAAUCGAGACAAAUUUCACUUAAUUGCCUUAGGGGAUUUUUGAGAAAUUCAAAGUUAAAAAUGAAAUGGCGGCUGACCCGGAAGUCCUAUGUAAAAAUCACUUUAUUCCAAAGCCCUGAGAGAAUAUAGACUAAAAUUAAAAGCUUUAUGUUAUUCAGCAUGUCCUAGGCUUCAAAUUAAACCAUAUUUUGUUUCCUUGCCUCAAGGUAUUUUUAUCAAAUUCAAGGUUGAAAAUGACCCCAACCUCAAAAAAAGUAUUUUUUAAAGAAGUUGUAAAAGAACCGUAUUUUACAAUGUGCCUUAGGGACAACAUCAACAUCAAUGAUGCUCUCGGCGACUUCUCACUGACCCUGGUGGACUCCCUCAAUACCUUGGCCAUCAUGGGAAACAAGUCGGAGUUUCAUCGAGCCGUCAACUUGGUCAUCGAAAACGUCCAUUUCGACAAAAAUGUCACGGUUCAAGUGUUUGAGACGACUAUCAGGUGGGUUCGCCAAACAUAGAACCGAAUUUUUGCUCUGCACAGUGCGCUCGGCUUUCUUUUUUGGCGCGAAAUUGUAUGCACAGUGCGAAAAAGGCGAAGAGUUUUUUGCACCGUGCAGAAAAAAAGUCUUGGAAAAGCGCACCGUGCAGCGGAGAAAUCGCAAACCACCAGCGAUGAAGUUUGGAAAAGUUUGCACCGUGCAAAAAUUUUUGCACUGUGCGGUUAAAAAAAACUUGUCGCUCUUGCACUGUGCAAUCAGGAAAUUGUCGCAAUUUUUGCACUGUGCAAAAAUUAUCUCGCUCCUGCACUGUGCGAGGCAAACAUUUUUUGUUUGCACCGUGCGAAAAAUGUUUUUCUUCUGCACUGUGCGGUCAAAAAAAAAUUUGUCGCUCUUGCACUGUGCAAUCAAAAAUUUUCGCACAGUGCGGAACAACGUCGCAAAUUUUGCACUGUGCAAAAAAAUGUCUGCACUGUGCGGUCAAAAAAAUUGUCGCUCUUGCACUGUGAAAUCAAAAAAUUUUUGUUUGCACAGUGCGAAAGACCUUCGAAAAUUUUGCACUGUGCAAAAAAAUGUCUGCACUGUGCGGUCAAAAAAACUUGUCGCUCUUGCACUGUGCAAUCAAAAAAUUUUGUUUGCACAGUGCGGAAGACUUAUGAAAAAUUUGCACUGUGCAAAAAAAAUGUCUGCACUGUGCGGUCCAAAAAACGUUUUGCACAGUGCGGAAAAUUUAUUCAUUUUUUCGCACUGUGCAAUAAAAACAAAACUUUUUUUUGACGGAUGUGAAUUAAAAAAAAAUCAAUAUAGAAUUAAAUUCCAGGAUGAUUGGAAGUCUCUUAUCCACCCAUCUUAUCCUUCGCGGCGAGUUAAAAGCGUUUGAAGAUUACAAAAUGCCCGGUUAUGACGAUGAAUUGCUCAGUAUGGCCCAUGAUCUGGCCAAUCGAUUGUUGCCGGCGUUUGAGGGCACCGGAACCGGUCUUCCGUUCCCGAGGGUCAAUUUGAAGCAUGGGGUUUUGCGUGGGACCAUCAAUGAGACUUGCACUGCUGGUAAGGAGAGGACAAAAAUUGAUUGAUUACUGUACUUUUGCAGUGAUUUUUAUUGAAACCGGAAUUUUAUAUAUUGUAUUUUACCUUAUUUUUGCUUUAUUUAAAAUUUCGGAGAGUUUGGAUGAGAUUUUUAUAUUAUACUUGGUCCUUGGUGACAUCAAGUUCAAGUGUAAUAUAGUCUUUACUUAUGAGGAAAAAAAGCAUUCGGAAGUUUUUAGCCUCAUUAAAACAUUUUCACAUGAUCUUACCGACUUUUCUGGCCAUUUUUUGACCUUGAAACAUAAUGCCAAAAUUGGCGGGAAUUUGAAAUUUCAAAAUUUUAUCAAAAAUUUAACGACAUUCAGGGGUUUUUAGCCUCAUUACAACAUUUCCUCAUGAUUCUAUCGACUUUUAUGGUCAUUUUUCGACUUUGAAACAUAAUGCCAAAAUUGGCGGGAAUUUAAAAUUUUGACCAGAAAUUUAGCUCAAAACAUGUUCAAAUUCAAUUUUCAGGAGCCGGCUCCCUCCUUCUUGAAUUUGGCGUGCUCUCGCGACUCGUAAACGACGAUUUGUUCGAGAGGUUGGCCAGAAAGGUGGUCCGAACCUUAUGGAGCUAUCGCGACAAGGACACCGGAUUGCUCGGGAAUGUAAUCGACAUCCAAAACGGCCGAUGGAGAGGAGUGCUCAGUGGACUCGGCGCUGGUCUGGAUUCGUUCUACGAGUACUUGCUGAAGGCCUACAUAAUGUUUGGAGAUCAGAGGUGAGCAAUUGGCUAGUGUAAUAUAAAUUGAUGCGAUUGGGGCGGUCAAAUUUUCAUGAAACUUACUACACAUAUUGAUUAUGAAUUUUUGAGACAUUUGCGAGACUUUGAGGGAAAAAAUGAGAUUUUUUGAUCGAAAAUUUUUUUAAAAAAUCGAAAAUUUUUUUUUGAAACUGUCGAAGUAAAAAGUUGAGGUUGUGUUUGUAAUGCAAGGUAACAUCUUUCUACAAAAAAAUCAUUUUUUUCCCUUGUUCGCAAAGAUACAGCCAAAAAAGGGUAUUUUCUCUGACCGUCUCUUCAUUUUCCGUACUCUCUCUUCCGAAAAGAUCGUUCGAUAUCUCGGCUCUCCAUGCAAAGAGUUGGAUAAAAUUUCCAGAGACUCAUACAUUGUCUAUGCAGAGUAUACAGCCAAAAUUUGAAGAAUAUCUGAGCACCAUAUCUGGGGUAAUUCGAGAAAUUUCAUAAAUUUCAAAUUUUUUGAUCUCCUUCAAUUUCCAACGAGAAAAAGACUUUUCAAACCCUCCAUUUUCAGAGACCUGGAGAUGUUCGUUCAAGCCAAGACCGCCAUCGAGUUGAAUGUUCGUCGAGGACGGCCGAAAUGUCGGUUCGGCGAUGGCAAUCCCCCAUUUUAUGCGAAUGUGGAUAUGAGAGAUGGGACCCUGCUGAACACCUGGAUAGACUCGCUGAGUGCGAGCUAUGCGGGCGUUCAGACGUUGGCCGGCGAUCUAGACGAUGCGAUUUGCCUGCAUGCCUUCUUUUAUGCCCUCUGGCGAAAGUACGACAUGCUUCCGGAACGGUACAACUGGAGGUCACAGUAAGCGGAAAUUUUGAUUUUUUAGCUUUUUAACGAUUCAAAUUUUACAGAUUAUGUGUUUAGAUGUGAUUAAAAAAGACCAAAAAAGGUUUUGUGACAUUUUAAAAUUUUCGAAAAUUCAAAUUCCCGCAAUUUUUGGCAUUAUGUUUUAAUGGUCGCUAUAGCGAGAUGGGUCGGUAAGACACGUUUCUACGGUCCAAAUUUACAGCUUCUAUUUCCUAGUGUGACUAAAAAAGGCUUUGUGACAUUUUAAAACAUUUGAAAAUUCAAAUUCCCGCUAUUUUUGGCAUUGUGUUCUAAUGGUCGGUAUAGCGAGAUAGGUCGGUAAAAUACAUUUUCUAGAGCCCAACUUCACAGGUUAUAUCUCCAAAUGUGACUAUGAGCGUUUCUGUGAACUUUUAAAAUUUUCGAAAUUUCAAAUUCCCGCCAUUUUUGGCAUUAUGUUCUAAUGGUCGCUAUAGCGAGAUAGGUCGGUAAAAUACGACUUUUAUAGUCCAAAUUUACAUAUUAUAUCUCUAAAUGAGACUAAAAAAGGUUUUGUGACAUUUUAAAAUUUUCGAAAAUUCAAAUUCCCGCCAUUUUUGGCAUUGUGUUCUAAUGGUCUCUAUAGAGAGAUAGGUCGGUAAAAUACGACUUUUAGGGUCCAAAUUUACAUAUUAUAUCUCUAAAUGAGACUAAAAAAGGUUUUGUGACAUUUUAAAAUUUUCGAAAAUUCAAAUUCCCGCCAUUUUUGGCAUUGUAUUCUAAUGGUCGCUAUAGCGAGGUACGUCGGUAAAAUACGUUUUGCAUUGAAACCCAAGCGGUAAUAAGAAGUUUUAAGCGCGAAAUUCAUAUUUGGAUCCAUCUAUAAACCUUUUUAGGUCUGAAAUUAUAUUAUCCAUGACACUUUUUGAUGAUUUUUUUCAAAAUCAGUUCCUUAGACAGUAUACAAUGUUCUGUAUUUACUUCUAAAUAAAUUAAAAACUAUCUUAAAUACCGUUGAAGCUAAAAUUUUAGGUCUAUUUGCGUUUUUUGUAUCAAAAAUUAUAUUAUCCAUCAAAUCUUUUGGCCAUUUCAACCCCAAAACUUUUCAAUUUCAGAGAGCCGGACGUCAAGUUCUACCCCUUACGUCCAGAAUUCAUCGAAUCCACGUAUUAUCUUUGGCUCGCCACCAAGUCUCCGUUCUAUCAGCACGUCGGAAUGGAGGUGAUGGAUAGUAUAAACAGACACACACGGGUCAUUUGCGGGUUCGCCACUGUGCAUGACGUGCUGGAUAAGAGUUUGGAGGACCGAAUGGAGUCGUUCUUCCUUUCGGAGACUUGUAAAUACCUUUAUUUGGUGAGUUAAGGUGAAAAUCGGCGCUAGAACAGAAUGAAAAAAUGGCGGGAAUUUGAAUUUCUUAGUCUGAUAGGUUGGGGAGACACUAUAAAUGACAAAUUAGGAGUUUAAACAGUGUUUAUUUAGUUGUUCCAGCUGUUAUGGGCUAUUUCCGACACUUCGAACAGAAUGCCAAAAAUGGCGGGAAUUCGAAUCUCAUAUUCUGAUAAGUGCGGGCAAACACUAUAAAUGACAAAUUAGGAGUUUAAACAGUGUUUACUUGACUGCUGCAGAAGUUAUCAGAUAUUCGCGACGCUUAAAACAGAAUGCCAAAAAUGGCGGGAAUUUGAAUUUCUAAGUCUGAUAGGGCCGGUAAAACAUUAUAAAUGAUAAAUUAUGAGUUUAAACAGUGCUUACCUGACUGUUCCAACAGUUAUCGGCCAUUUCCGACACUUGAAACAGAAUGCCAAAAAUGGCGGGAAUUUGAAUUUUUGAAGAGUAAAUAGCUUCAAACUUGGAAUUAAGCUUCUUGAUACACCUAGUAAUAAGCUAGAAUAUUUGAAAUAGAUUUAUAUUAAAAAAUUGGGCUUGUUUGAACAAUUAUUCUCAUCGUCUACUCUAUUGCCAUGUAUAAUAUAAUUUUUUGGCAGAAAAAAGUAUUUUAGGUCGUCUAAAGCCAUAUUAUUCCCUCAUAUGCCUUCUAACCUUAAUAUCUUUCAGUUAUUCGACGAGAACAACCCGGUGAACCUGCACAACGAGCGUCUCAUCUUCUCCACUGAAGGUCAUGUCUUUCCGAUCUCCGAAAAGUUCCAGCGGCAUUCGGAGGACCUUUUCGGUGAUCGAUUCACUCUGAAUUCGAACGGAGAACUGAUCGAGAAGUUCUCGUUGUAUGCGGCCAACGAAUCGUGCGAGACUCCGAAUCCGACGGAUCGAAUCUUCUCGCCGUUGGCGUCGAACCAUUUCGAAGAGUUUUUCAGAGCCGUAGGCUUCGAUACAAGGACGAUGGAGCUGUUUGAGGAUGUCUACAGCUAA